CUGCCGCCCCUCAGCGCCGCCUCCGCCCUCAGCGCGGCCUCCCCGCGGCCUCCCGCCCGCCAUGAGCUGCCGGCAGCCGCUGCCCAGCGAGCGGGGAGCGAGGCAGAGGAAGAGGAGAAGGAAUGGCAAUGAAGAUGAUGGCCACAUUCCCCAGACCAAACGUAGCACCAGGAGCACUGUCCUGCAGGACUCGUGGGACACGGAGAGCGAGGCGUCUCUGAGAGCACAACCUCAGGAUGGCAACCAGAAGGUGGCUGUAACGAAGCUCACUAAGGAGCGCAGACUAAAAGGAAACAAAGUGUCCUGUGCGUCCUCCAGCAGUGACAGCGGGAGCAGCAGCAGCAGCAGCUGUAGCAGCAGCAGCAUCAACAGCCCCGACAGAGCAGAGUCCAGCCUCAACCCCAGGAUUGCAGGAUCCAGCCCUGUCUCCUCCCAGCCCUUCCAUGAGCAGUCUGCACUAAGCCAAGGUCCUUACUUCCACAUCAACCAGAUCCUGAAGGAAGCCCACUUCCACAGCCUACAGAGCCGGGGACGCCUCCCUACAUGAUGACCCAGCAGCUCCCUGCCUUCUGUGAAGGGACAGCACUGUGUAGAUUUGAUAUUUCAACUUCAAAGUUUGUUAAAAUGGAAUUGCACAAAAUUGCCUGUUGCCUUUUCAGUCUAUAUUUGAAAUAACAGGUUAACAGGAGAUUGUUUACUUGUGGUUUGCUGCACUAUUGCAAUGCAAAAGGGGCUUUGAAGCAAUUUUUAUAGGAUUCUUUUUGGGGUGGUUCUAAAGUACGUGGCAAGAGGAGACUGAGGAGUCCAGAGUUGUGUGUUAUAGGAUUGCAAACUGUCCAAUUCCAAUCGACUGCCUAAUCUGUUUGUUAGCAAGUUGUUGCUUUCUGUAAAGUUCUCUUUAAGCGUUCCUCUUCAGUUUUAUAAGUCUUUUUUUUAAUUUCAAUAAACUAGUUAAAAAACCAUUUGGGCAACAUAAUUAUUUGAGCGUUUAGGGUUAGUGAGAAUAGGAGCAGCGAGUGCAGGUCCUCAGGCCUGGGAGCUCCCACCCAGCUCAGGGUGGUGAGUCUUCUCUCAGCAGCUUCACUGCUGCAGACUGGAAGGGAAAUGUGAAAUUAUGGCCAGGACAGGUCGGGCAGGUGCUGCAGGGGCCGCUCAGAGCAGGCUGGUGGCGGUGCCUGGAGGACACAGGCGUCUCACCCUUCUCCAGCUGUGAAAUGUUUUGUUUGCUGUUAGCCUGUAGGUUGUUUUGGCAUUAUUAUUUUUUUUUUUUCUCUCGAAUUUGAUUUUUAACAAUGUAAGGAUAGGAGGUGAAAGAGCAGCUCUGUUCCAGCAGCCAAGGGGGACAAGGACAAUCCAAGCUGUGCCUGGCUCCCGUGACACGCCCUGCCCUGCCUGAGGAUGGGGGAAGCACUGACAAUCCCGCAGGUGUCGGGGGACAGAGAGAUCUCACGGAAGACAAACACCCAGAGCAGUUUUAUUGCUUGCUGCCUCACUUGGUCAUGCCCGAGAGCCAGCCCAGCUUGAAGAGCGACGGUGCCGCCGCGUCCUCGUCGUCGGUGAUGAGCUGCCGGAACAGGGACCCUGGCCGUGCCCCCUCGUCCUCCCGGGGCAGCACAGCAGCUGCAGCCUGGCCCUUUGGAAAGACAAAAGCGACUCAGAGCGUCACAGCAGCCCCGGGGCUCCCCUGUCCCCUCAGCAACGCAAGGUGCGAGGUGGAACCGCGGCACAGCCGCUGCUGCCGGAGCGGUGUCACCGCUGGGUUACUGACAGACACACACGGGGCCACAGCACAGCACCUCGCUGCUGGCAGCAACGGGCACUUGGCAGAUGUCACUCGAUGCUCUUCAAAGCCCUGAACGCUCAGCAAGACCCUGUGAGCAGCAGGGCAGGGGCCGCGGCACCCACAGCAAGGGGUCGCAGCGUGGUAGAAGCACAGCUGGUGCCCCUGCAGGAGCUGUUCUUGGAGAAGUGCAGAUUUGAACCUCUCCAGAAGAGUUUUAAGCAUUGAAGAAGGAGCAAGCACCUGUCAGGGCUCCUGGGAGGUGUGGCUAGCACAGGACACAGGUGUGCUGAGCACAGCACAGCAGCUGAGGGGAGUGACAGAACGAGCCAGACAUCGCCGCACGCUUCUAUGCUCUAGUCCAGCUGAGCUGUGAGAGGUAAGGAAUACCUUUACUGGGAAAUAGUGGGCUUUUAAACACCCCUUCUGCUGGGCCUGGUCCUUUGUGGCUCUGGGUAAUGCAGAAGGGGAGCUGCAAAUUGAACAUCAUCUCAAAUGCCACUGGUAAAACCAGGCCUUCACCUCUUUGUCUUGGCUCUUGUCAAGACUCAACAACUUGUCCCGGUUGCCAAGACCAGCACGGACAGAUUGGGCUGGCGAUAAGCGAAGGAAGCAUUAAUUGCUGCUUCCCACAGCACUGAGGUAUUCCUUAGCUCUCAGCCAGCACACAGAGCUCCAUCCAGGCAGAUGUUUUAAACCCGGGGGGGGGGAAUGGAGCAACAGAAAGAUUGGCUGCUACAGCUCAGCAGCAGGAGAGCAGCAGGAAACUCCUCACACAGCUGGGGUACCUGGCCAGGCCUCCUCGGGGGUUACAGGGCAGCAUCCCACUGGAAAGGAGUUCAAGCAUUACCUUCAGCCUUUCUUGCAGCCCUAUUUAAUGAGUUGUCUUUGAUGCAUUGCCCUCACCCACGUAAACCCUCCCCCUGCCUCUGCUGCAGAGCAGCGGCCCCAAAACCACAGGGGCAAAGGGUGGGGUUUGGGAGGGUCCUGGAGAAAUCCACCCCGUCCCCUGCUGUGCUGCCAUAAUGAUUCAUUUUACUGAAAAUAAAAAUCAGGUGAAAUAA